AGCGUCUCCCUCCCCGUCCCGGUCUCCCACUACGCGCCCGCCUCCCGUCGCCACACUCGCUAGUCGCUCGCUCCUCACCCCCACCGAGCUCCAUUAAUGGCGCCUCCCCUAAUCUCGCCAUAAUAGCGGCAUCAUCAGCGGCAGCAGCACGGCAGCAGCGCAGGCGUCCAAGGCCACGUGGGAGCUGGGAAAAAAGCUAGCGCCGCGUUCUGGAGGCUGGGCCGACGCUUCCCCACAUGGGGUACCAACCCAUGCACGGCGGCGCCGCCGGUGCCGGGACCUCGGGCGGAGGCGGAGGCAGCGGCGGGGGCGGGGGCGCGGACCACCUGCACAGCCACCACCACCACCACCAGCGCCUGCACAGCCCCCGCGUGGCCGGCGGGGGCUCCUCGAUGACGCGCCGGGCCAACUCGUUCAAGCGCGCCGGGGCCGGCGAGAUCGAGCUCCAGAUCGGCUCCCCGCGCUCCCCGAGGUGCGACGGGCUGGGCAGCCCGCCCGGGGACGCCGCGGAGCCGUCCGCCGCCGGCCUCCACCACCACCAGAGCAACAACCUGCGGUUCCGGCUCUUCAAGCGGCCGGGCUCCGGCGCCGGCGCGGCCGACGCCGGCCUGGGCCUCGGGCUGGGGAUCCGGGAGAGGAGGAAGCUCGGGAACAUGCUGUUCCUCGCCUUCUGCGGCGUGUGCUUGCUCCUCGGCGUCGGCAAGAUCUGGGCGGGCGGGUGGUUCGCGCUCCCUGCCGACGACAAGCACGCGGAUUUGCAGGAUCUCUCUGUCUCCUUCUCCAGUGAUAAAGGGCAUCAAGUUGAUCAUCACUCAGGAUACAUGGGUGCAAAAGAAAGUGACAGGACUUUGAUGACAGUUGAAUCUAACAUUGGUGGAAGAGAAGACAGCAUGGCUGAGGCAUUUGAUGUCUGGUCUCAGCCAAGCAGUACAAAUUUUAGACAAUGCAUUGUUUCAAACUCUCAUAAAAAGCAAGAUUCUCAUACGAAUGGUUACAUUCUCAUAAAUGCAAAUGGAGGUUUGAAUCAAAUGAGAUUUGGGAUAUGCGAUAUGGUUGCUGUUGCUAAGAUCCUGAAGGCAACACUGGUUUUACCUUCACUUGAUCAUACAUCCUACUGGGCAGAUGAUAGUGAAUUUAAGGACCUUUUCAACUGGAGGUAUUUCAUCGAGUCACUGAAAGAAGACAUUGAUAUUGUUGAAACGCUGCCCCCUGAAUACAGUAACAUUGAACCUUUGGCUAAAGCUCCGAUAUCUUGGUCGAAGGUGAAUUAUUACAGAGAUGAAAUACUCCCUCUUUUGAAGAAACAUAAAGUCAUUUACUUUACACAUACAGAUUCUCGCCUGGCUAACAAUGGCCUUCCUAGUUAUAUUCAGAAAUUAAGAUGCCGAGUUAACUACAUAUCUUUGAAGUAUUCUCAUACAAUUGAAGAUCUUGGUACUACCUUGGUUUCAAGGAUGCGUCAAGAUGGAAGCCCAUAUCUUGCUCUCCAUCUAAGGUAUGAGAAAGACAUGCUAGCUUUUACUGGUUGCAGCCAUAGCUUGACACCAUUAGAAGACGAGGAAUUGCGUAAGAUGCGUUAUGAGGUAAGUCACUGGAAAGAGAAAGAAAUCAAUGCCACUGAGCGACGAAGCCUUGGUGGCUGUCCUUUGACUCCAAGGGAAACUUCACUUUUACUCAAAGGAUUGGGUUUCUCACAAAGCACUAGAAUUUACUUGGUUGCUGGUGAAGCUUUUGGCAAUGGAAGCAUGAAGGCUCUAGUGGAUGAUUUUCCCAAUAUUUAUUCUCAUUCUACACUGGCGACAGAAAAGGAACUUGCACCCUUCAAAAACCAUCAGAAUAUGCUUGCUGGUCUUGACUACAUUGUGGCUCUCAAGAGUGAUGCCUUUAUUUACACUUACGACGGAAAUAUGGCAAAAGCUGUACAGGGCCAUCGACGUUUUGAGAACUUCAGAAAGACUAUUAACCCAGACAGGAUGAGUUUUGUGAACCUGGUAGAUGAAUUUGAUGAAGGAAGAGUGCCCUGGGAUAUUUUCAGCUCAGAAGUGAAAAGAUUACAUAAAGAUAGAAUAGGUGCUCCAUAUUUUAGGGAGCCUGGAGAAUCCCCAAAGCUAGAAGAGUCUUUCUUUGCAAACCCCUUGCCUGGCUGUAUAUGUGAGAAACAUAGCGAAGAAUGAAAAUGUCUCUGCGCCGACGAUUCUUUCCGGGCCUCUGCCUACUGCCAGAUAUUACGUGCACCGUUGUUGAGUCAUGAUCUGCGAAUCCAUUCUAAAUGACAGUUGAGAUACAGUGCACUGGGAUUUCUUUUUCAGCUUCAGCCCUUACUGGAGUUCAAAACAUUAAGGACAGUGAUGUUUUGCAAAUCGCAGGGCUGUCAAUCAUUUUCACACGACCAUAGUAUGUGAGUGGUUAUGCCUAUCACAUUUGCCACAACCGGUACAUAAAUGGUACAUAUAGCUGAGAUUAUCCUGGUGGCUUUCUUGUAAUUUUUCCACUUCUGCUUUAUUUGAUUAUUUGGGGGAACUGCACAGCUAGAUUUGCAAAUACAAUAUUAUAUACAGCUCCAAUGGAGUCAUUCAGAAAUGCAGCUACAAAUUUUGAUUGUGUCUACA